GUGAUGGGAGCGCAUUAUUUUCCUUUUUUUCUUCUUCUUUUUCUAUGCCCUCAGAGAUAGUUCCGUACUUUACCCACAGCUCUAAAUCCCAGCAGACUCGCUGUGAAGUCAAACACCGACUUCCGCAACAGGCACAAAACGAGCAGCUUGUGGGUUUCCUAUUUCAGCUCCUCCUUCACAUUCCAGGCCUGCUCAGGCUCCCCUCCAAAGAUUUCGAAAAUGGAGCCUCUUAAAACUACUAAUCCCCUGAAAUACUCAGUGCCCAAAGCCAGGGUUUUUGCUGUCUUUCUGUCGGUGGUUUUGUGUACUGCCAUUCUCUGCCUGCUGCAACUCAGAUUUUUUAAACCUAGAAUUAAAGACUUUUACUCUUUUGAAGUCAAGGAUUCACGAGGAAGGACAAUUUCCUUGGAGAAGUACAGAGGGAAAGCAACUUUGGUUGUAAACGUGGCCAGUUACUGCCAACACACAGACAAAAAUUACAUCGCACUACAAGAACUAUACAGAGAGUAUGGUCCCUCCCACUUCACUGUACUGGCUUUUCCCUGCAACCAAUUUGGAGAAUCAGAGCCUAGUUCAAGCCAGGAAGUGGAAUCUUUUGCCAAAGAAAACUAUGGAGUAACCUUUCCUGUUCUCCACAAAAUCAAGAUCCUAGGAUCAGAAGCAGAGCCUGCCUUUAAAUUUCUAAUAGAUUCUUCAAAGAAAGAGCCUCGAUGGAAUUUCUGGAAGUACCUUGUCAGCCCUGAUGGUAAAGUUGUGAAAUUCUGGAGACCUGAAGAGCCCAUAGAAAGUAUCAAGCCAGAAGUAGCCUUAUUAGUCAGGCAGAUUAUAGUGAAAAAAAGAGAAGACCUCUGAAAAAGCCCAUUCACACUAUGAAUCCACUCAACAGCAUGAGUACACAGCUUUACUACAUUCACAAGAAAUGCUGCUAGCAGCUAAUAUAUCAGGUGACUCUGAUUCUCUUUGGUGUCACAGCUACACAGUGACUGCUAAUGUUGGAAUGGUUACCAGCCUUAAGAACCACUGAGAGAGAAUGGCAAAGCUCCGUACCUUGCAGAGGUCGACCUUCAAUUUGAAUGAGGUUUCUGUAUGUUUCUUUAAAUUGCUGAUAACAGCAAAUUACUGUUACCAGUAACUGCUGAUAACUGGCUAAUUACAAUUGUGACAAGCUGGGAUGUAGUUAAAAAUAAGAGUAUUUGUUGAUAAUUUCUCAGUAUUUGCACAGAUGAGUUUGUUUCCAACCCACCAGUAACAAAUAUAAUUUGAUACUCCAUUAACACACAACUGCCCUGACUGAAAGACAUGGGGCACAGAGGUAUUAUAUCAGGGUUUUUAGAGACAAAUGCAACUGAAGAUACCAGCUUUGCAGUAUCUUCUUGAGGAAGAUAAUUGACUUGUGAAACUGUCAACUUAGUUGUAAAAAACU